AAGGAGAGAAGAUUGGAGCUGUGUUAUGAGAACUGAAGUAAGGGAGACGCUGCCCUAGUAGGACAAGGAGACUCCCUCCCCCCAGCGUCUAAGGACCGAGGUUAACCCCACCUAAGGGGGAUGAGGUGCCCAACGAACUUUUGAAGAGCCCAGCUCUGCCAAUGCAGUGUGUGUGUUCCUUAAAGCCCUGAUAGUCUGUAGACACAGGAUCCAGGAGGAAUUUUCAACACACUGAGAAACAAGGAUGGUGGUCUGCAUACUAUUGUGGUGGAUUCGAAAAGUGCUUACCCUGUCUUUCUUGCUGAAAACAACUCUGUCCUUAAACCCAGAUGAUCCCAAUGUUUGUAGUCACUGGGAAAGCUAUGCUGUGACAGUGCAGGAAUCUUAUGCUCACCCUUUCGAUCAGAUCUAUUAUACGAGAUGCACUGAUAUACUGAAUUGGUUCAAGUGCACUAGACAUCGAAUAAGUUAUAAAACAGCAUAUCGAAGAGGACUAAGAACAAUGUAUCGGCGAAGAUCUCAGUGCUGCCCUGGAUAUUAUGAAAGUGGAGACUUCUGCAUACCUCUCUGCACAGAGGAGUGUGUGCAUGGAAGAUGUGUAUCUCCAGAUACCUGUCAUUGUGAACCAGGAUGGGGAGGCAUUGACUGCUCCAGUGGUUGUGAUAGCGAUCACUGGGGGCCGCAUUGUAGCAACCGCUGCCAAUGCCAGAAUGAGGCUCUCUGCAACCCUAUCACUGGAGCCUGUGUCUGUGCGGAUGGGUACCAUGGAUGGCGCUGUGAAGAGCUCUGUGACUCUGGGACUUACGGAAAGGGCUGCCAGUUUAAAUGCCAGUGCCAAAAUGGAGCAACCUGUGACCAUAAAACAGGAGAAUGUCAUUGUGCUCCCGGAUACACAGGGGUAUUCUGUGAAGAGCAUUGCCCUCCAGGCAGUCAUGGAGCUCAGUGUGAAUUGCGCUGCCCGUGCCAGAAUGGGGGAAUCUGUCACCAUAUCACCGGCGAGUGCUCCUGUCCGCCUGGAUGGAUGGGUUUUGUAUGUGCACAGCCAUGCCCUUCCGGAACCUUUGGAAUUAACUGCAGCCAGGAUUGUCCAUGCCAUAACGGAGGACAUUGUGAUCAUGUGACAGGAAAAUGCCUGUGUACAGCUGGAUAUAUGGGAGACAGGUGUCAAGAGGAGUGUCCUGUUGGGACAUAUGGCUUUCAGUGCGCUCAAAAAUGUGACUGUCAAAAUGGUGCAAAGUGUUACCACGUAAACGGAGCAUGUAUGUGCGACCCUGGGUUUAAAGGGAUUCAUUGCCAAGAAAGAAUGUGUCCAGAAGGGCUUUAUGGCCUAAAAUGCCACAAGAAAUGUCCUUGUAAUAUUACCAACACUCUCAGCUGCCAUCCACUCUCUGGAGAAUGUACCUGUAAAGCUGGCUCGGCUGGACUCUAUUGCAACGACACCUGUCCUUCUGGAUACUAUGGUGAAGGCUGCCAGCUGACCUGCCUUUGCCAGAACGGUGCAGAUUGUGGUAGUGUGACAGGGAAAUGCACCUGUGCUCCAGGAUUUAUGGGAGAUGACUGCUCCAUUACUUGUGGGGCCGGAACAUAUGGAGCCAACUGCUCAUCAGUGUGUAACUGCAAAAAUGAUAGUGCAUGUUCCCCGGUGGAUGGCUUGUGUCUUUGCAAAGAAGGAUGGCAGGGUGUUGACUGCUCCAUUCCAUGUCCAAGUGGAACUUGGGGUCUAAACUGUAACCAGACAUGUUACUGUGCCAAUGGGGCAGCCUGCAAUCCAGUGGAUGGGUUUUGUCUUUGUUCGCCUGGAUGGCAAGGAGAGUACUGUGAUCAGGCCUGCCCUGAUGGAACAUAUGGUCUUAAUUGCAGUGAACGCUGUGACUGUAGCCAUGCAGAUGGGUGCGAUGCUGUCACUGGUUAUUGUUGCUGUCUUGCUGGGUGGACAGGGAUCCAUUGUGAUAACGUAUGCGCACAGGGCCGCUGGGGACCAAACUGCUCCAUCUCUUGUCACUGUGAGAACGGGGGAUCCUGUUCGCCGGAGGAUGGGACUUGCGAGUGUGCGCCAGGAUAUAGAGGACUCAUGUGCCAGAGAAUUUGUUCGCCUGGCUUUUAUGGGCAUCAUUGCAGUCAAGCAUGUCCUCCGUGUGUGCACAGCAGUGGGCCUUGUCACCAUGUCACUGGACGUUGUGAUUGUUUGCCUGGGUUCUUUGGCUCACUCUGCAACCAAGUGUGUGCCGGUGGAAGGUAUGGGAAGAACUGUGCUGAGGUCUGUCAAUGUACCAGCAAUGGCACAUGCAAUCCUAUUGAUGGAACUUGUCAAUGUUUUCCAGGGUGGAUUGGGAAAGAUUGCUCUCAGACUUGUCCAGCAGGUUUUUGGGGACCAGAUUGCGUUCACACGUGCAACUGCCACAACGGAGCAAUGUGCAGCCCUUACGAUGGAGAAUGUAGAUGUACUGCUGGCUGGACUGGGCUCUACUGUACUCAGCGUUGCCCAGCGGCCUUUUAUGGAAGAAAUUGUGCCAAUGUUUGUCAGUGUCAGAACGGAGCAGAUUGUGACCACAUCACUGGGCAAUGCACAUGCAGAACUGGAUUUACGGGCAAACAGUGUGAGCAAAAGUGUCCACCUGGAUCAUUUGGAUAUGGUUGCAAACAGCUAUGCGAAUGCAUGAAUAAUGCUACAUGUGAUCAUGUCACUGGUACAUGCUACUGUAGUCCAGGCUUCAAAGGAAUCAGGUGCGAUCAAGCGGCUCUUAUGAUGGAAGAAUUAAAUCCCUAUACUAAAAUUAGUCCCGCUCUUGGAUCAGAGAGGCACUCAGUGGGAGCAAUCACUGGAAUUAUUAUUCUCCUUCUAAUUAUUAUGGUUUUGCUGGCACUAUUUGUGUGGUAUCGACGGAAACAGAAGGAGAAGGGGCAUGACAUGCCAAGUGUAUCUUACACUCCAGCCAUGAGGAUGACUAAUACCGAUUACUCACUUUCUGGUGCUUGUGGGAUGGAUAGACGUCAGAACACAUACAUAAUGGAAAAAAGCUUCAAAGACAGCGGGGGCAACUGGGAAUUCAGAUAUUUUGCAAGUCCCACCAUUGCACCGGGCGUGUUUCAUAGAUACCAGGAUCUGCCUUUGUACUGUAAACCAGCACAAGAAAAUGCCUCACCUUUCAUUGCAUCGCUCUAGUUCUAAAUUACUGGCAAUGCACAGCAGCUGGACUGCACACAGGAGCAAUGGCACGUUAUUGAAAGUCAAUGUUAAGACUUAUUUAUUCUUUCUUUUUUUAUUCUUUUUAAAUAGCACGACUGGCACUACUGUUUAUACAAGGCUGAAAUUCUCAGGCCAGUUUCAGUUCUUGGCGUAGUUCUUGGCGGCUUCCUUAUCUCAUGCCAACCUUUCUCUCCUCUUACAAUUUUGCCUGUGUUACAGUCUGAUGUAUUUAUUUCAUAUUGGGGGAAGGGAAUGAUCAGUGUUUACAGCAUCAAAAAAACCCAAGAGACAUAAGAUGGGCUUCAUCCCACUGCAGAGCCUGAAGAAUUUUUCUGAGAGCAGGGUCUCCCCUACAGAAUUUUUAUCAUCAGAAGGGAACAUGAAGAAGAAAUCUAAUCCUUCCAGUGCUGGAUAGCCCCUUAAAUUACAUCUGACUGAAAACCACUAACCACUUUGAUUGAUGCAGUUCUAAGGCUGCUGGAAAUAUUAAUUUUCAAACAUACGACAUUUGAUGUUGACUGCAGCUCAGGACGCUAACCCUGUAGCUUGUCUAGCAUACCAAGCACCGACAGAAAUGACUACUUUCAAAGCUGGCUCAGAGCAAACCUGUGCAUGCUUCCCUGGGUCAGUGCAUGUAAAGAAAGGAUGACAUUAGCACUUAGGUCCUUGAGGGUUAUGGAGGGCUGGGGAAAGUUGCCAUCUGAAAUUAAAUGAUGUUGCCAAAUAGUAUAAUGAAGGGCAGUUAGACCUGUUCUCAGGAAUGGCCUUGGUACCAAGUACGGUUUUCCUUCUAAAUAUUGAGGAGAUGAAUUGUGGAUGUGUUUGGAUAAAGGGAUGAUUUAUAGAUGUCAUGCUCUGGAUGUGCCCAAAGCAUAAGUGUUGGAUUUUUGUACUAGAUGCCUCAAAGAUUAAAGUUCUUCCCCCUCUCUGCAGAGGUUCAGUUGUAGCCAUUCACAUCUAUCUGACCUUUCUAAGAAAUCUACUCUGUUCUUGUUUUGCAGAGUAUAUGAAAGAAUCUGUGUGUAGUUCAAGCACCUGCUCUCUGAACAGCAGCGAAAACCCAUACGCCACCAUUAAGGAUCCACCCAUCUUGACAUGUAAACACUCGGAGAGCAGUUAUGUGGAAAUGAAAUCACCCAUUCAC